UGAUCGAGUCGAGAAUGCUUUGGGGAGGCAAGCCAGGGAGAAAAAGAGAGCCUGAGACACUGAGCUUGCUCCGGAGAUGGUUCCGGUUUUAUAGCGACGAGCAACGAGAUUAUCCAGAGCUGCAUGCCUGGAAAAACUGUUGGCUGAGAACAAGAAUCCCGGAAAUGGCUUUAUUCCAGGGAAUUUACACAGUGAUGAUCACCAAAAGCGGAGCAACGUCGUAUUGUUCGUGCCAGUCCGGUGAAAAGCGUUUCACAGCCGAGGAGGCGGCACAAUGCAAUCUAAGCGAUGAAUCUUUGCCGGGAGAAGGUUUUGUCUUGUUUGUCUGGAGAUCUUCUCGUGUCUCAGCGAAUCGUCGUCCAACUAGCUUACAGGGAGAACAGUUUUUUCUGUCUCAACCUCCAAAAAAAUAACAGUUAUUUAAUAAAUUGCUACGCGUUGCUUGGUU